CGACAAUAAGUGGCGCAUCAGUGAUGAGUCCAGCAACUUUGAAUCGGUUUCCACCAAAAAGUCAAAUGAAGCUUAACUGUUAUUGAGAUUCAAAUUUAAGGACGUGAGGAUCGCCGCCGCUGCUCCAGCCGGCCCAGCUAUGAUCCAGACCAGCAUGCCGCCGCCGUCGUCGGCGCCGACGUUCCAGUACCACGCGGGCGGCGGCGGCGGCUCGGGCAACCCGAACCCGCCACACUUCCGCGGCUACACGCCGGUCGUCUACAAUGGCAAACCCACCAUGAACCAAGAGGAGUACGAUGGAAAGCGGCUUCGUAAGAGUUCCAUGCGCAAAACGGUCGACUACAACUGCUCGGUGAUGAAGUAUUUGGAGGACCGCAUCUGGCAGCGGAGCGCCAUCGACCGGCCGGCGCUGCAGCCGGACGUGCUCUUCUACCCGGAGCUGCUGCCGCCGGCCGGCUCGCCCGACAACCCCAUCAACGCCGUCACCACGCGCUUCGUGCGCACGGCCACCAACAAGAUGCGCUGUCCGAUCUUCUGCCUGGCCUGGACGCCCGAGGGGCGCCGGCUCAUCACGGGCGCCUCCUCGGGAGAGUUCACACUCUGGAACGGACUGACGUUCAACUUUGAGACCAUCCUGCAGGCGCACGACAGUCCGGUGCGGACCAUGAUCUGGUCGAGAAACGACCAGUGGAUGGUAACCGGCGACCACGGCGGCUACAUCAAGUACUGGCAGAUGAACAUGAACAACGUGAAAAUGUUCCAGGCGCACAAGGACCCGCUCCGCGGAAUCAGUUUCAGUCCGUCCGACACCAAGUUAUGCACCUGCUCUGACGAUGGUACCGUGCGCAUCUGGGACUUCAUCCGCUGCUACGAGGAGAAGGUGCUCAGAGGUCACGGCGCGGACGUCAAGUGCUGCGACUGGCACCCGUACAAAGGUCUGGUGGUGUCGGGCAGCAAGGACAACCAGCAGCCGGUGCGGCUGUGGGACCCCAAGAGCGGCCAGAGCCUGGCAACACUACACGCUCACAAGUCGACGGUGAUGGACCUCAAGUUCAACAGGAACGGUAACUGGCUGCUCACCGGCUCCAGAGACCACCUCAUCAAGCUGUUCGACAUCCGUAAUCUGUCCGAGGAGGUUCAGGUGUUCCGUGGCCACAAGCGUGAGGCGGCCAGUCUGUCGUGGCACCCGAUCCACGAGACGCUCUUCUCCAGCGGCGGAUCGGACGGCUCGCUCAUGUUCUGGAACGUCGGCUGCGACAAGGAGGUGGGCUGUAUCGAACAGGCGCAUGACUCGCUCAUCUGGUCCAUGUCCUGGCACCCACUGGGUCACGUGCUCGCCUCGGGCUCCAAUGACCACACCACCAAGUUCUGGACGCGCAACAGGCCCGGUGACACCAUGCAGGACAAGUAUAACCUGAACAUCGCCGACGGCGCGGACACGGGCCCACUGCCGGGCGGCCGGCGCGCCUCCACUUCCGAGGAUACUGCGCAGACAGCUGAGGAGGGCGCCGACUCGUCCGCUGGCGGCUCGGAGGCUCCUCUCAUCCCCGGCAUGGGUCCCGAGGACCGCGUGGAGCCGCCCGCCGGCCAGGAGGGCGCCGGAAAGGGUCCGGCGCCGGGCGAGGGGGCGCCCGGCGCCGGCGGACCGCCCGGGCCGGACGGUGACCGGCGGUUCGCGCAGCGCCGGCCGCCGUGGAAAUUCGCCAGUCACUGGAACGAGCGCUGGCUGCAUCAGGAGGACCCCUCCACCGUCGGCGACGACAAAGGACCAGGACCCGGCGGGUGGCGCGGUGGCCGCGGCGGCUGGCGGGGCCGCGGAGGUAGAGGUGCGUUCCGACCGCCCGGUGACCGCGACCGGGAGGACAUCAAGGACAGGGACGGCCGUCCGAGGGACGCCGAUGACCGUCGGCCCGACCAGGACCAGGCGGCGCGGGACGCCGACAUGCGGCCGGUCGGCGGCGAUCCGGACCGCGACAUGCGCGGCGGGCGCGGCCGAUUCGGCCCCGGGCCGCCGGGGCGGGGUGGCCACGGCGACAGGGACUGGGGCCGAGACGACAACAGCAUGCAGAUGGACCCGCCGAACGGCAUACACGACGGCGGGCCGCCGGGCCGGGGUCGGCCGCCCUUCCGUGGGGACCGUGGCGGUUUCAGGGGUGGUUUCCGCGGCGGUGCAGAUCGGCCAGGGUUCGGAAGGGGCGGCGGGGACCGUCCAGGGUUUGGAGGGGAUGGUGGGGACCGGCCAGGCUUCGGAGGCGGCAAUGAUAGGCCAGGCCUUGGAGGCGGGGUUGGAGGCGAUAGACCAGGCUUUGGAGGCGAUAGGCCAGGCUUUGGAGGUGAUAGACCAGACUUUGGAGGUGGUGUUGGCGGCGAUAGACCAGGCUUCGGAGGUGGUGUUGGUGGCGAUAGACCAGGCUUUGGAGGUGAAAGGCCAGGUUUCGGAGGCGAUAGGCCAGGUUUCGGAGGCGAUAGGCCAGGUUUCGGAGGCGACAGGCCAGGUUUCGGAGGCGACAGGCCAGGUUUCGGAGGCGACAGGCCAGGCUUCGGAGGCGGUAACGACAGGCCAGGCUUUGGAGGCGGUAACGACAGGCCAGGUUUCGGAGGCGGUAACGACAGGCCAGGUUUCGGAGGCGGUAACGACAGGCCAGGUUUCGGAGGCGGCGGCGUCGACAGACCGGGUUUCGAUAGCGGUGGCCGGCCUAGCUUUGAUGGUGGCAGACCUGGCUUCGACGGCGGCCGACCUGGCUUCGAUAACGGCCCCCGAGACAGAGAGGACGGCCGGCCCGGACCGCCGGACGGCCGACCCGGUCCGCCGGACGGCUGGAUGGGCCGCGGCGGCCGCGGCGGCGGACCCCCGCCCCAGGAGGACAGCUGGCGGGGUCGGGGCGGCGGCCGCGGCGGAGGGCCGCCCAGAGACGAGCCCUGGAGGGACGGCAGGCCCGAGCCGCCGCCGGACGACAGAUGGCGGGCGCGGGACGGCGGGCCUCCCCCUCCGCGGGACGACGGGUGGAGGGGCGGCGGCGGUGCUCCUCCGCCGCAGGACGGCGUCUGGGCGAGCCGCGGGGGCGGGCGGGGCGGCGGCCCCCCUCCCAGCGACGGCUGGAGGGGUGGAGCAGGAGGACCGCCGCCACCGGACGGCGGCUGGAGUGGCGGCGGGGCAGGAGGGCCUCCUCAGGAGGAGGGCUGGAUCAACAGGGGCGGCGGGCGCGGCGGCGGCGGAGGCGGGAUGGGCCGGGGCGGGGUGCCUCCCCAGGACGAUAACUGGAGAGGCGGUGGCCCUCCCCAGGAUGACUCGUGGCGGGGCGGGGGUCGGGGUGGUGGUCGGGGCGGGGGUGCUCAGGAGGAGGGCAGGCGGGGCGGCGGCAGGGGCGGGGCAGGGUUCCGGGGACGCGGCGGCGGCGGUUUCCGGGACGAGGAGCGCGGCGGUGGAGGCGGGUGGCGCGGUGGUGACCGGGGCCGCUCUCGGGGUGGCCGUCCUCCUCGGGGGGACUUCUAUUGA